UGUUGAAGGGCUGUAGCUACCGUAGGCCUUAAUCACAGCAGACAUUCUGAGCAGGGACAUCGUAGGAGACACACAGUAAUUACAAUGGCUCUGUUCUAUUUAAGUGUCCAAAUAAGGGGUGACAGUGAGUCAGCAUGCACAGCACCAGGACCCUGAAACUGAAGCUGCUAAGUGAAAUUCAGCUGUUGUGGAUUUCAUUAUUUACACCUGUGCUUUUGUGUGACUUCAAAAAGUCUUCAGUGAAAAAGACUCUCUCCAGACCUCUAGGGUUCCCAAAAGUCUCAGCUCCACUGUAGCAGUUGCUUUUUGGUAUUCACAUUACUUGCAAAUUUGUGUGGGACUUUGCACCGCCACCAUGUUGUGUAUUCAAAUGUAGGCACUAUGUCAGAAUGUAGUUCUAACAUAUUUAUCACCUUAUAUUGUGCUCACAUGGUGCAUUUUCCUAAAUUCAGUUUCAACAAAUGACAUGUAGGCCAAACUAACAUGGCCUACAGCAAACCUGGGGAGGAAUCCAUUAUCAGAGAGGUUUAUGGAUCUCUGCAGAAUCUAAUGAAGCUGCUGCCAUCUGCCUUGUGCAGUGUGUUAUAUAAUUGAUGGGAACUUGAGAGGCAACAAGAGCCCCAAAACAGUUUAGGGGAUACUUCCUUUUUCUUCAUGUAUUUCUUAAAAGAUGCACACACCCUCACAUUGAUUCUUUUUUACUUGGUUGUUCAUACUGGCCAUAAAGUAAUUCCCUCGUGUGUGUUAUGUGUAAAAAGGCACAAUCUAUUUUUUUUUUAAUUACAGAUUUACGUGUCUCUUCUUCUAAAUGGUCUGAUGAUUUCUUAGAUGUAGACUAAUAUUUAUCUUGAUCCUCUCUACGGGGCCGGUAUAAAAUACUAUAUUUAAAAGACAAAGUAGAAAAGGUAAAGCCUACAUGAGCAUUUCCAAAUACAAGCAUUUACAAGCUCCUUCUUGAAGAAGAGGGGGGCGCCGCCCAUUAAGUGUUUAUCCUGCUGUGAAGGACAGUAAGUGCAUCGUCCAAUACUUUCUUAUGUAGCAGUUUACAUCGUCGCAGCGGGGCGUCGAGCCACAGUUUGUGCAGCUCGCGUCGCCACUAAAUCCUUAAUUUUCUCUCCCAAAUAUGGACUAGGAAUGUCCAGGAUGACGUCGCGUGUCCGGGGAAUGCGGGGUUUGUAAACCACAUUUAUUUAACUACGCCUUCUUCCAGUCUGAGGUCCUGGUAGGCAUUAAACAGGAAGAGAGUCGUGUAGGAAAAAAAAAAGAAACGGGACGCCCUCCUCAUUCUCCUCCUCCUCCUCCUCUCUUGGCGGAUAACGGUGUCCAAGAAGUUAUUCAGGACCGACGCACAGACAAUAGCGCCGAGACUAGUCUCUGUUGCGGGCUUUGAUACGCUUCCAUCACUACUUAUUAAUGCUGUCCGCGUCCGUAUUGUGUCACACGAAGAGGAAAACACUCGGCUGAAAUCACACCAUGGACGAUUUGGGAGUGCCUGAGCCACCUAACUACCCUCUCAGUCCGCGUAUUGUUGUGUUUGACGCCCUCCUUGCUGAUCUGGAGAACACCGGCUCUCCUCUGGCUCGGUGUCCCGUCCUGCUCACCUCUGACCCUCCACAAAAUGCUGACCCUGAACCCAAAGAGUCCACCCAAACCCGCCCGCCGCCGCCCGCCUACACCCCACAGCAGACGGUUUCUGCUGCAAUGAAAUCUUCGCAGAACUCCAACCCAGACAAAUUAUACAGCACAGUGUGUAAACCGCGCUCUCCACGCACAACAGAUCCUCCGCCGGCCUUCUCCUCCUCCUCGCUGCUGGGAGGAGGUCUGAGUGAACUGGACCAUCUAUUACAGGAGCUGAAUGCCACCCAGUUUAACAUCACAGAUGAGAUCCUGGCCCAGUUCCCUUCUUCUAAGAAAGAUGAGAGGGACAAGAUCAAGGAUAAGGUCACGAGCUCCUCCCCCAGCUCUGCGAAGCCUUCAGCAACAUCAGCCACACUGGAAUUGGACAAACUGAUGGCUUCUCUGUCAGACUUCAGAGUCCAGAGCACACCAGCGGUGCCUGUCAAUCCAGUGGUAACAGCACCACAGCAGCCCACCCCCCCACCACAGGCCUCCUCCGGCGGCUCAUUGGACAGCAUGCUGGGGCUGCUUCAGUCGGACCUGACCCGACAAGGAGUUCAAACAUCCUCCAAAGGAAACUGUUCGGCUUGUCAAAAGCCAGUCGUAGGACAGGUGGUAACGGCUCUUGGGAAGGUUUGGCACCCGGAGCACUUUGUGUGCACUGAGUGCGAGGCAGAGUUAGGCAGUCGCAAUUUCUUUGAGAAGGACGGGCGGCCGUACUGCGAGUCGGACUACUUCACCCUCUUCUCCCCUCACUGUGCGCAAUGCAACAAGCCCAUUCUGAAUAAAAUGGUCACCGCUCUGGAUAAGAACUGGCACCCAGAGUGUUUCUGCUGCGUCAAGUGCAGCCGGGCGUUUGGAGAGGAAGGUUUCCAUGACCGUGAGGGGCAGCAGUACUGCCAGCAGUGCUUCUUGACUCUGUUUGCUUCCCGCUGUCAAGGCUGCAGCCAGCCCAUCCUGGAAAACUACAUCUCAGCGCUUAACUCUCUCUGGCACCCGCAGUGCUUCGUAUGUAGGGAGUGCUACAGCCCCUUCGUCAACGGCAGCUUCUUCGAACACGAGGGUCAGCCGCUGUGUGAGGCCCACUACCACCAGUCCCGUGGCAGCAUGUGUCAGGCCUGCCAGCAGCCGAUCCUGGGCCGCUGCGUCACCGCCAUGGGGGCCAAAUUCCACCCCCACCACCUGGUGUGUCACUUCUGCCUGAAGCCCCUGAGCAAAGGCUGCUUCAAGGAGCAGGAGAACAAGCCCUACUGCCACCCCUGCUUCAUCAAACUCUUUGGUUGAGGACACAACAGGACUUUGCCUCCCCCUCCUCCUCUGGGUCGCCAAGUGAAGAAGUUGUAUGACUCUGAGUUCUCAAUUAGUUAGUUUUUUAUUGUGGGAAUGAGGGUGGAGCUGGUCUCUUUCUUGGUCUUAAGAACAUUAGAGUUGAGAGGGCGAGUGGAAUAAAAAGAGAAUCAUCCAACCCAAUUAGUUUCAGUUUAUUUCACAUAAAAGUGGAAUGCAUUUUGACUUGCAGUGUAAAAUACAAUUCUAGCAUUGGUUAGACGAAUACAAAAUGAUGCCAAAUGAUUUUGUCAUGUAUGCAUAUUGUAUUGAUUCAAAUUGAAUAUUGAAAAUUGAAUUAUUUUGCCAAAGGUAGAAAAGAAACAGUAUAUUAAGAGCAAAUGUAUUGUUUCAGUGAAGGACUUGUGCAAAAAAAAUCCCCUUUAAUAUAUUUGCUUUAUAUUGCAAAAAGUAUAAGUGCCACUGCAAUUGCAUUUCCACAUUGUAUGCUGACUGCUACGUGCUGUAUGUUUUGUGUAAGCUCUCAUCUGUUUAAUGGCAGAUAUUUUGCAUUAUACUUUCACUAUUGCUCUAUGCAAUUUGCCAAAAACAGUUCCAAAGAAUGAAAUAAAGGAGAACACAAUUGUU